AUGCGUAGUAGUAGUAGUGACCGCAAUGAUAAUAAUAAUGAUACACCCAAGUUCACAGCGAGUCAAUUGAAAGAGGUCGCGCGUCUCUGUGGAAAGAACAGAUCUGGCACUAAGGCUGUCAUCACAAGCCGAAUCACAGAUGACCUGCAGGAAUUCAGGCCCCUCGCCCCAGGCACUCGGGUCUUAAGCAUAGAUCUGGGCAUUCGCAAUCUUGCAUACAGCUUGCUGGAGGUACCAGGGAAUCGACACGAGAUCUCGACCAACCAGACAGCAGAGGGAGGAGGAGGGCAAAGGAGGACAAGAAAGUCAAAGAAGGAGAGUGAUCUGGCGUCUUCGGUGUCAGUGACGCCUAUUCUCCGCGCAUGGGAACGCCUCGCCCUCAUUCCCAAGACGCCCAAGCCAAUCAAAGCGAAGGCCAAAGGAAAGACGACCAAGAACAAGACCAAGAAGGACGCUUCUGCGGAGCAUGAAGUCCUGGGAAAACUAGAUCCAGACACUGCCGGCACUACUACUAUAACAACAACCACUGCCGCUGAGAAUGACGCAGUAGUAGCAGCAGCAGAUUCAGCCACCACCACCGUGUCCAUAGAGGAUUUCUCCCCCCUCCGUCUCUCCCAGCUCGCCGCGGACCUGAUUUUGACGCGCCUCCUUACGCUGCGGCCCGACAUCAUCACCCUCGAGCAGCAGCGAUUCCGCUCCAUGGGCGGCUCGGCCGUGUUCGAGUGGACGCUACGCGUGAAUUCGCUCGAGUCUAUGCUCUACGCCGUCUUCACCACCCUCGAGAAACUCGGCAAGUGGCCGGGCGGGCGGCUCGAGGGCGUCGUGGCGCGGAACGUCCUGGAGUUUAUGGCCGUGCAGGAGGGCGGGGCCGAGGCGGCGAGCAUCUGGAACAAGAAGGGGAGCAUGGACAACAAGAAGAUCAAGAAGGAUAUCGUCGGCCGGAUGUUACUAGCCGGCGAGGGCGUGGUGAUCAACGAGGAGAAGCAAGAUGAAGGAGCGGGGGGCCAGGUAGAGGCCGUGGCAAGGGAGUAUCUCGACAAGUGGCAGGCGAAAGGCAGGAAGGCCAAGAGUGGCGCCGAGGGUCUGAAGAAACUGGAUGACUUGGCAGACUGUCUGCUGCAGGGAUUGGCAUUCAUCAGGUGGCAGGAAAACAAGAGAAGAUUGCUCGACGGAGGCGUGGAAGCUCUCCAGGAUCAGAUGGUGGAUGAAUAA